UGUGCAGCAUAAUGCGUUCAACGCUCCGAAGAAUCGAAAACCACGAUGUUCAGACCGUGAUAUUGUAGAGUCGUGAGAGGACAUCUACGGAUGAGGUUGAUUUAAGAGAAGACGCCAGAGCCAAAAGGGCUUAGCUGCUCGGACUUUUAUCUGCACCCGCGAACUGGAGUCGCAGUACUGCAGCUUCUGCCCCAUUGAUACCUUCCCUCCCAUGCGUCCAUCUUAUCUUCAUCCGAUCCAAUGCUGAUUCCGACAUCACCAAGACGUUCCAAACUUUCUGUCCCGUAUUCAAUAAUGAUGAGACCGGCUCGCAAAAACGUUGUAUAUCUCGACUCCGACACGUACCUCGGCUCAUGCCCCACACCAAACAGCUGUGCCCUACGGUUAGCAACACACGUCUCCCACGACUACAGUUAUCUACCACAUUUUCUGGAAGUCCGGAGUCUUGAACACCAGCUAUACUAAAUAUUCCAAAAUGGCGUCCCCAGUCCUUGAGUUCAACUACGACAUUUCCUGCCCCUUCGCCUACAUCGCCUCCACCCGAGUGGAAGCCCUCGCUCAACGCACCUCCGCAACGUUAAUCUGGCGCCCCGUCCUCCUCGGCGCUAUCUACCGUGCCACAUCCGCUCCCCAAGGUGCUGCUGGCUCUGCCUCCGAUGUCUACAACCCUACCAAGAAAGCUGUAACGGCGCGGUCGAUGCAACGAACCCUCAAGCGCUAUCAAAUCGAAUUUAACCAACCGCCACAGCAUUCUAGGAAGAGCGUCAAUGCAUUGAGGUUGCUUCAUUACGUGGGUCAGGAGCAGAGGCCGAAGCUUUCAAAGGCAUUGUUUAGAGCGUACUGGGUUGAAGGCAGAGAUGUUGCUGAUUCGAAAGUGUUGCUGCAAAUUGUGCGGGAAUGCGGUAUCAGUGGGAUUGACGAGAGUGUCUUCAGAUACGCACGCGCCAGAAAAUUCUUGGAGGAGGCAACUGCAGAAGCCAUUGAGCGCGGUGCUUUCGGUGUCCCGGGAUUCUGGAUUCCCCAGGCGAAAUGGGCUGAUGCCAACGGUGAGGAGCACGUUGGCCGGUUCUACUGGGGCCAGGACCGAAUGCACUUUGUGGAGGGGACAUUGCUUGCAAUCAAGAAUGGUGGGCAAUGGAAAGAUGUCGAAGGGUUGAGGAGCCUGCUUCCUCGAUGCAUUGGAUCGAAUAAGCCUCCGGCAAAGACUCGUGUGGAAUUCUGGUAUGACUUCAGCUCUCCUUGGGCAUAUCUGGGAUACACGCAGCUUCAACGUCUUCAGCGCACGUUUGGCCCUGAUCUAGAGGUGGUUAUGAAGCCCUUCUUGCUGGGUAUUCUGUUCAGAGAAAUCGGCGCGCCUAACCUCCCCAUGGCCGCUGUCUCGGCCCAGAAAGCCGCUUGGUCCCGUCAAGACCACGCCGACUGGGUCUCGUUCUGGAACGCCGUCAACGAGCAAGAAGGCCGUCCCGACAAGCCCAUCAACUUCCACUGGGCAUCCAUCUUCCCCAUCCGCACCCCUACCGUUCUCCGCUGCGCAAUGGCCGAUCCAAACUGCGUUCCAGCAUUGUACCGCGCCUGCUGGGAACAAGACGCCAACGUCUCCGACGACAACGUCCUCUCCUCCGUCCUCACCGCCGCGGGGUUCAACGGUCCCGAACUCCUCAAACGCGCCAACGCCCCCGCAAUCAAGACCCAGCUCCGCGAAGCCACCGCCGAAGCAAAGGCCGUUGGCAUCUGCGGCGUCCCGAGUUACCGCGUGUUCAGGCAAACGGAAACCGGGGAAUGGAAAAAUUUAGGAGGGAUUGUGUGGGGCCAGGAUCAGAUGGAUGUUGUGGAGGAUUUGAUUGCGGGUUGGGAUGAUGAGAGGUCGGAUUUGAAUUUGAAGGCGGAGCCGAGGAAGGUGCAGUUUGGGAAGAUGGGGGCGAGGCUAUAGGGACUUGGUCAUGAAAACCAUGGCGGAAAUACGCCGUCUUUAAAUCUCCCGUAGCCUGAAUACCGAUCACACGGGAACCUUUCAGGUGGC